CGGGUUACACCGCCCUCUUCUCAACAUUAGUAGUUAUCAGUACUCCGUAAUUUCCCCGGUAAAUCCUCCCUGCUUAUCGCACCGCCUGCUGCCAUUUGGAUUGGCGUAUUGCUGUCGACGCGCUAAGCGGUCUCACUCCUUGCGGCCCUCGCUACUGCCCUCAUGCCUAGGUAGGUCAAGUCGAUGACCCUGUUACCCGGUUUUUGUCGGCACGGUCUCCGGAGCGGGUGUCCGUCGCGGUCGCCAUUCCAAUUGCGCAAGCGGGGAGGAAGAGAGAGGGUUUGAGUUCUUAUCUCGACAUCUCGGAACCAAACAAGAACGCAAGUCGCGUUUCCCCUCUUCGUGCCCUUCGUGCGGUGCGCUCUCAGCUUGAGCGAAACGCGCAAAACGCUCACCAACACACGCCUCCCACGGUAGUUCCGACAGUACAGGCUUCCUGCCCUCAAAAUGGGGCCCUCAACAUCCAUCCCGCAAACCUCGGGCCUAACCCCGGGGGGUCGACGAACCCUCGGGAUCGCAUUGCUGCUAAUCGUGGUGUUUCUCUGGACGGCCUCGAAUUUCCUGGCCAGUACCAUCUUCGCCGACAACACCUACUCCAAACCCUUCUUCGUGACCUACGUCAACACCUCCAUCUUCAUCCUCCCGCUCGCCUCGAUCAUCGCCAGUCGGGUGUUCCGGCUCUGGCGCGCCGGCAAGCUGUACCGGAUUCGGUCGGUGCAGAGUCUGUUGCAGCAUCUUGAUGCGCAUGAUAGUAGUCUGGAUGGUGAGGGGCGCCGGAUAUUGGAUCACGCGGGUGUCGAGGGUAGGAGCAGGAGUAGGAGUGCUGGUGCUGGCGGCAGCUGGGGUAGGGCGGGGGCCGGGGAGGUUCCGUCGGCCAGGUUGGGGUUGAAGGAGACGGCGAAGCUGAGUUUUCAGUUUUGUCUUUUGUGGUUUACUGCCAACUACUUUGCCAUGGCAUGUUUACAGUAUACAACGGUGGGGAGUACCACCAUUCUUACCUCCACGAGUGGCGUGUGGACCCUCAUCUUCGGCGCCCUCAUCGGCGUCGAACGCUUCACGCCCCGCAAACUCCUCGGCGUGAUCGCCUCCCUCAUCGGGAUCAUCAUCAUCUCGCGCCUCGACAUCUCCUCCCCCUCCCCUGCCCCAGACGCAGACCCGAAUCCCAACCCCAAUCCCACCUCCACAGGAGGAAACAGGAGCAUCUUCCCCCCCAAAGCCCCUUACGAAAUCGCCCUCGGCGACGCCAUGGCCGCCUUCAGCGCCGUCAUGUACGGGGUCUACACAAUCGUCCUGAAAAAACAAGUCGGCGACGAAUCCCGCGUCAACAUGCAGCUCUUCUUCGGGCUGGUCGGCUUACUGAAUAUGGUGCUGCUGUGGCCCGGUUUUCUGGUGCUGCACGCUCUGGGCAUCGAACCCCUCGCGUGGCCCGACUCCCCCCGCGUCUGGACCAUCAUCUGGGUCAAUGCGCUCGCCUCCCUCCUGUCCGACCUGUGCUGGGCCUACGCCAUGCUCCUGACCACGCCGCUGGUCGUGACCGUCGGCCUGAGUCUGACGAUCCCGCUGUCGUUGGUGGGCCAGAUGGUGAUUCAGGGGGAGUAUGCGAGUGGGGCGUAUUGGGUGGGCGCGGCGGUGGUGUUUGGGUCGUUUUUGGUGGUGAAUCAUGAGAGUCGUGUUGAUGUGGACUCUCAGGGGGGGAAUGGGGGGGAUGGGGAGGAGAGCGGGAGGGGGAGGACGAGGGGGAGGACGGGGGCAUCGUCGGGGUAUGAGGCUAUUUCGGCGGUGGAGGAGGGAGGACAUCGCGAUUGAUGGUUUGUGUGAGGUUGUGUGGGGGGAAGGGUUGUGUUGGGCCCUUUUGGGGGGUGAAGUAUAGACUGCAUGCAGGUGGGGACUCACUGGCUAUUUGUAGCGAUUUUCUUUGGGUUUUUUUUUCGGUUCUUGGGCUCUUGGGUUCUAGGAUGGUAUCACUCACUUCUGGUAACAACAGGAGGGGAUAAUGAGGGUGCAGAUUGGCAAAUCAUUACCGUGACUCUUUGUAGAAGUACGGUCUCUACCAUGAUCACUUGUAGAAGUACAACCGAG